CUUUUCAGCACUGUAAUGGACACUUACAAAGAAGAUAUAGAAGAAUUAUCAAGAAAGUUUCCGAUCCGAGACAAGCAGCUGUUGAUCAAGUCAACAUUCUGCCUUGUCUUUGUGUUUUUGAUGUUCCUGAUGCAGUCGGCACUGGAUCUGAACAUGUCCAUGGGCAGCAUUGCACUGCUUGGGGCUAUAUUGCUGUUGCUACUUGACAGAGACGACAUCGUAGACACUCUGGCCAGAGUGGAGUGGAGCACUCUCAUCUUCUUCACCUCUCUGUUCAUUCUAAUGGAGGGACUCUCGAAGUUGGGCCUGAUUGCCUUUAUUGGUAAUUGCACAGAAAGUGUUAUCGCAGGAGUAUCACCUCCUUACCGGCUUGCCUUUUCUAUCUUGAUGAUCCUGUGGGUGUCUGGCAUUGCUUCCUCCAUCCUGGACAACAUCCCAUUAACUACGAUGAUGGUGCGCAUUGUCGUCGGACUCAGCCAGAAGCAGGAGCUGGACCUGCCCCUGCAGCCUCUGGUGUGGGCCCUAGCCAUUGGCUCUUGCCUCGGAGGAAAUGGAACUCUGAUUGCCGCUUCCUCAAAUUUGGUGUGUGCCUGUGUAGCUGAAAGGCACGGCUAUGGUUUCACUUUUACGGCCUUUUCGAAGAUUGGUUUUCCUGUGAUGAUUUGGAGCAUGACGAUUGCCACAGUCUACCUCAUGAUUGUAUACGUUUGGCUGGGAUAAACUUUCAUUUAUAUUUAAAAGUACACAUUUUUGGAGCAUUGAACAAAAUUGUUAAAAGAGCAAUUCUAGGACUGUGAUAAAACUUCAGCAUAAACAUUAUGGUAAUGUAAAAGAUACAGUUUUAAAUUUAAUUAUUGUUUUAUUAUAGCUGUUGUUAUCAAUGUUGAUUUUACAUAUUUUUAAUUAUGUUAAUAAUUAAAUUAAAAUAUACUUAUUUCAA